AUGGCUUCCGCAGCUCCCCACCCAACGCGCACGCAAACCUACCGAGAACGCGCCUUCCUACCAGGCACCUCACCGCUGGCAGCCUACCUCCUGCGCCUCAUCGCCAUCAAGCGAACAAACCUGUGUCUAUCCGCUGAUGUCUCCACCACCGCCGAGCUCCUGGCCGUAGCAGAGGAAGUAGGCGACUCGAUAUGCGUACUCAAAACACACGCCGACAUCAUCAACGACUUCGGCGACCGCACAAUCAAGGGGCUCCGCGACAUCGCGCGGCGGAAACGGUUCCUCAUUUUCGAGGACCGGAAGUUCGGUGACAUUGGAGAAACCGUCCAAAAACAAUAUACCGCCGGCCCCCUCCGCAUCUCCCUCUGGGCCGACAUCACAAACGCGCACAUCUUCCCCGGCCCCGCAAUCGUGCGCGCGCUCAAAGAAGCCGCCGCCAGCACAAUCGCAUCCUACAACACCGCCGUGCACACCGAGAUCAGCGCCUCCCCGCACUCAACCCCCUUCUCCGACUCCGACUCGCCCGACUUGGACGACUUCGACGACAGCCCCGGGCCCCCGCACGACGGCGCGAACGACUUCCUCACCGCGCGCAGCACCGCUGCGGGAAGGAAGGAGAGUGUCGUGUCUAUUAGCACGACGAUCAGCCAGCACAAUGAGAGCAUAUCCCCGCAGGCGUGCUCGCCGCUGGACAUGGAGGAGGGGUGCGACGGAGAUGCGGAUCGGGAUGGGAUGCUGGAGCGGUUGGGCCCGCCGCCGUUCCUGCGCGCGCUGUUGUUGUUGGCGGAGAUGAGCAGCGAGGGGAAUCUCCUCACGGGGAGCUAUACGGAGCAGUGUGUCGCGAUUGCGCGGGAACACAGGGAGUUCGUUAUGGGGUUUAUCGCGCAGCGCGCGCUGAAUGCCGAAGCGGGAGACAACUUCGUGACGAUGACGCCGGGGGUGCAGCUGCCGAAAGAGGGACAGGAGGCCGAGGGGAAGAUGGGGGAUAAGUUGGGGCAGCAGUAUAACACGCCCAGGAGGGUGGUGGGGGAGAUGGGGUGUGAUGUUGUGAUUGUGGGAAGGGGGAUCUUGGCGGCAAAUGAUAGGGUGAGGGAGACGGAGAGGUAUCGCACGGAGGCGUGGAGGGCGUAUGAGGAGCGGAUUGGGAUAGUGAGGUAG